GAGAGUCAUCUCUAGACUCUAGACUAUUCUUGGCUCUCAUUUCCAGUCGUCAUGAACUCUAGAGCCGCUGGCUUGUAGAAAAGCAGCAAUCAAAAGUCAUGAAGACAUUUCCGCUUUCCAUGCGGAAAACUACAUCCGAAGAAUACUAAGGCUCUUGUCUCAGCUGUCAGUUGCGAAAGGCACCUGGCUCGUGGCUCGUGGCUCGUGUUCCUGAAGUACGCUGUCUCGAAGUUUGAAGCCUCGAAAGGCAGUACCCAAUCUUGGUAGGGUUGCAAUCAGGCUGACAAUAGAAGGCCAUCCUAUUGUGAAGCUCCUCGUGGACAUCUUUACCAGAACUACAACGCAUAGCGAUAUAGUAUGACGCGCUAUUGUAACAGCAUCAUGGAUCGACUCUCCAUUCUUACAAUCCCUCGCUAGGCAGCUCAACCCCUCAUGCCACGUGGCACGAACGGUCCAGAUGGAUCGAGGAGCUCAAACGCCAAUGGCGUCACUCCAGUUGGCGUUGAUGACACCGGAUCGACGAGACCCUCUCGUCUCAUGGCAGCUACGCUCCAGAUCCUCACUCUCGCCUCGCUCUCCCUUCUUAGACCGUGCUGGCUUCACCUCCCUUACAUUCUCUCCUGCAGCUGGUGGCUCGCGUCUCGACCCCAACUAUUACACUUAAGACCGUUCAGGCGCCGUGCCUUACUCCGCACCUACAUCGCUUUUCACAUCCUCGCCUUGAUUCUCUUCCAGCUGCCCCUCUCACGAGAAUGGCGGCUGCUUGUGCAAUGGGGGCAGACACUUGGCCUCUUCCUAUUGGACGUGAGGGAGAUUCUGGACCCCCUGCAGGUGCUGCAUGUGCUGGAAACGGCUCUGCUUCUCUCCUCCUUCGCAUUGCUAUCUCCCAGCCAUCCCUCCCUCACGUCCUCCCAUCGUUCUCCCCGCAAUCGACCAUCCUCAUACCCAACCACAUACCAAGCUCCAUUCCCGGACCGGCAACCACGCCCCAGCUCAGGGCCCUCGCAUUCCUCCCAACCCUCUGGCUGGCUCGGGCCGAACCUGCCUUCUCUAGCCUCGGAAGCAUCCCAGCUGCUGUAUCUGGUGGUUGAGGAGGAGGAAGAGGAGGAUGCGGCUGGGGAGGGGGAGGGGGAGGAGGAGGUUGGGAAGGAGGAGGGGUUGGAACUGGAGCAGCAGGAGGAGAUAGCGAGGAGAGUAUUAGCAGC